AUGGGUAGAGUUAAGUUUGAAGGAACUGUUGAUCCUACGGAUGCGGAGCAAUGGUUGGAGCGGAUGGAAAAAGUAUUUGAGCAAUUAGAGUGUUCAGACGCUGCCAAAUUUAAGUACGCUGUCUCACUGUUACAAAAAGAUGCUUAUGACUGGUGGGUAAGUGUACCGAAUGCCAAGGAAAAACCUCAUGUUCUUACUUGGAAUGAUUUUGUGAAAGAAUUUCAUAUGAAGUAUGUCCCACCUGCUUAUCAUGAUGCAAAGAAAAAGGAGUUCUUGAAUCUAAAGCAAGGGAGUAUGUCUAUUGCUGAAUAUCAACAGAAGUUUCUCAGGUUUUCUCGUUAUGCUGGUGUUUCAGCUGCUCUUACUUGGGAAAAGAUCGACAAGGAACAAACUAGUAGAAAUGAAAACAAGUUCAGAAAAGCUGAUGCAGAUUUAGGAGGUCCAUCUAAAAGGGGAAGGUUUGACAAUUCCAAAGCCGGUAGUGUUCACAAGUCAGCCCGGCAUGAGCAAAAUAGAUCAAAUUUCUCUACUGCUAGCACUCCAAGCUAUGGCCAAGACAAGACUCGUAUACCCACUUGUGCACAAUGUGGAAAGAAUCACCCUGGUACUUGUAGGAGAGCUUCUAGUGCUUGUUUUAAUUGUGGGAGCCUCGAUCAUAAAGUGAAGGAUUGUCCUAAUCCUAACUCUACUUCUUCUCUGCGUAUGGAAGGCUCAAUUCAGAAACCUAUUACCACUCCUUCUCAAGGGAAUAGAGGUGCAAGAUCUAGAAACACAAGCAACCGGUGCAGGUGGAGCCAAUCAAGCUAG